AUGGGAUGUAUAAAGUCAAAAAGGAAAGACAAUCUGAAUGACGAUGGAGUAGAUUUGAAGACGCAACCAGUACGUAAUACUGACCGAACUAUUUAUGUGAGAGAUCCAACGUCCAAUAAACACCAAAGGCCAGUUGCAGACUCUCAGCUUUUACCAGGACAGAGGUUUCAAACUAAAGAUCCAGAGGAGCAAGGGGACAUCGUGAUCGCAUUGUAUCCAUACGAUGGCAUCCACCCAGAUGACUUGUCCUUCAAGAAGGGGGAGAAGAUGAAAGUCCUGGAGCAGAAUGGAGAGUGGUGGAAAGCCAAGUCCAUUUUGACAAAGAAAGAAGGCUUCAUUCCCAGCAACUAUGUGGCCAAAGUCAACACCUUGGAAACUGAAGAGUGGUUUUUCAAGGAUAUAACCAGGAAAGAUGCAGAAAGGCAGCUUCUGGCCCCAGGGAACAGCGCUGGAGCUUUCCUUAUCAGAGAAAGCGAGACCUUAAAAGGAAGUUACUCUCUGUCUGUCAGAGACUAUGACCCGGUGCACGGUGAUGUGAUUAAGCACUACAAAAUCAGAAGUCUGGACAAUGGGGGUUAUUACAUCUCCCCACGAAUCACUUUUCCUUGUAUCAGCGACAUGAUUAAGCAUUAUCAAAAGCAGCCAGAUGGCCUGUGCCGGAGAUUGGAGAAGGCAUGCAUUAGCCCCAAACCACAGAAGCCAUGGGACAAGGAUGCCUGGGAGAUCCCCCGAGAGUCCAUCAAGCUGGUGAAGAGGCUGGGCGCCGGGCAGUUCGGGGAAGUCUGGAUGGGUUACUAUAACAACAGCACCAAAGUGGCCGUAAAAACACUGAAGCCAGGCACAAUGUCUGUGCAGGCGUUCCUGGAGGAGGCCAACCUCAUGAAGACACUGCAGCACGACAAGCUGGUGCGGCUGUAUGCUGUGGUCACCAAAGAGGAGCCCAUCUUCAUCAUCACUGAGUACAUGGCCAAGGGUGACUUGCUGGAUUUCCUGAAGAGCGAUGAGGGGAGCAAGGUGCUGCUUCCGAAGCUGAUUGACUUCUCUGCUCAGAUUGCCGAGGGAAUGGCGUACAUCGAGAGGAAGAACUACAUCCACCGGGACCUACGAGCCGCUAAUGUGCUCGUCUCCGAGUCUCUCAUGUGCAAAAUCGCAGACUUUGGUCUUGCUCGAGUGAUUGAAGAUAACGAGUACACAGCCAGAGAAGGUGCUAAGUUCCCCAUUAAGUGGACAGCUCCAGAAGCAAUCAACUUCGGAUGUUUCACCAUCAAGUCUGACGUGUGGUCCUUUGGAAUUCUCCUGUACGAAAUUGUCACCUAUGGGAAAAUUCCCUACCCAGGGAGAACUAACGCGGAUGUGAUGACCGCCCUGUCACAAGGGUACAGGAUGCCUCGCAUGGAGAACUGCCCGGAUGAGCUCUACGACAUCAUGAAGAUGUGCUGGAAGGAAAAGGCAGAGGAGAGGCCGACGUUUGACUACCUACAGAGUGUGCUGGACGACUUCUACACGGCCACCGAGGGCCAGUACCAGCAGCAGCCUUAG